AUGUCGCCCUUUGACCAGCUCACCGACUCUCCCAAAAAGGGCAGGAUCAUAAAGUCGGCCUACGACAGCGAGAGCUUCGAGUCGGACGGCAGCAUUCACGUCGACGGCCUCGUCGGCUCCGCCACCAUCUCGCCGUCUGGGAGAGACAUGGCCCUCGCCUCACCAGAAGGCCUCGCCAUCAUCGACCUGGACUCGCCGUACAGCGCGCCCCGACGACUCCGCAGCCAUGGUCUGCCGUGGCUCGUCUGCGACGUGCAGUGGUCACCCUUUGCGGCGCGAGACUACUGGGUCGUAUCCACGGCCAACCAUCGCGCUCUCGUGUGGAACCUCAACCUGAGGGAGGACUCCACCUCUGGAGCCAUUGAACACUCGCUUCAAGGCCACAGCAGGGCCAUCACCGAUGUCAACUUCUCCGCCCACCACCCAGAUCUGCUUGCUACCUGCUCCGUCGACGGCUACGUUCACUGGUGGGAUCUGCGACGGCCCCGGCAGCCUGUACUGACCUUUUGUGACUGGUUUGCGGGGGCCACGCAGGUCAAGUUCAACAGGCAGGAUCCUCACAUUCUGGCGUCGGCGCACGACCGCUGGCUGCACAUCUGGGACGAGAGAAGGCCUUGCGAACCUCUCAAGUCCAUCAGUGCCCAUACUUCCAAGAUCUACGGAAUCGACUGGAACCGAGUACGCCCGACCGGCAUUGUGACGUGCUCCCUCGACAAGAGCAUUAAGUUCUGGGAUUACGGAAAGGACGACGAUAUGCUGGAGCAUGUCAUUCGGACCGAUUUCCCCGUAUGGAGAGCCCGCCACACCCCCUUUGGCUGGGGCUUGCUCGCCAUGCCCCAGAACGAGCCCGGUGACCUGUAUCUUUACGACCGACUGUGGAGCGACGACUCGCCCGUUGACGUUGCCCCAAAGCCCGUGGCCAUCUUCCCUGGCCACGGUGACCACAAGGCCAAGGAAUUUCUCUGGCGAAAUCGGGGCGGCAUUUCAGACACUAUCGACAACCGCGAGUUUCAGCUUGUGUCCUGGGGUACCGACAACGAGCUGAGAUUGCAUUGUGUCGAUAACAACAUCCUCUCCUCAGUUGGCCAUGUCAAAGGCGGCCCUGCAAGAAAGGGUCUGAGUCUUACCCGCCAAGGGGCCACGUACAAGACUUUCCGCACGGUGGAUGACAGUUCCAACAAGGAUCGUAAGGCGGGAACCAUGAGCGACCAUAGGAGCGGCACCAGCACUCCACAUCACAAGCAGAGCGCGCUGACACUCGGGAUGCGCAAGAGCGUGGAUAGAAGCCAGGCACAACUUGGGUGGAUGAAAGGAAUAACCAUAACGAAGCGCAAGCUCUCGGCGGAUGGCUCGAGACGGCACGGUUCCAAGGACUCUGGAAUCGUGGGGCCUGAUUAUCCCGACGACGAAUGGGGCCAGCCAGACACGAUACAGGAAGAACUUCUUCGCGUGAGCACGCAAAUCCCAAAAGUGAAGUGGGAAAACAUCGACAUGGACAAUUUGACGCUAAAUGCCUCCUUGACCGGCCCGUGGGGCAUGGAAGGGGAGCCCAUCUUUAUCAAGGUCAAGAUUGACAUUCCUGCGGAUUACCCCAAGCUCAAGGCUCCCAAGUUCUCAAUCGAGAAGACAUCCUUUAUGCCAGAGGAAAAACACAGGAGGAUCAUACGAGAGGUCCAUCAGCUCGCCGAGCAGUUCUUGGAACGGAAGCAGAACUGCCUGGAGGUCGCCUUUACAUACUUGCUGGGUGAGGUUGACCUCGAGUCCAGCACGACAUUCUUCAAGAACGUCCGGGAUCUCGACGAUGACCUUGACGGCCUCGCUGACGAGAGCUCGAGCGAUGAGGAUGAAGACGUUCAAGCUGGAGGAUCGGUGUCAAUGUCCCAGGAGCUCGGCUCUCAUGGGGACAUUGACGCCAUCCUCGCUCCGCCGAAUCGGAACAUCAUCCCCCCAACGCCGCAGCUGUAUGGCAAGGAGCGCGCGAGAGGAGAACCCUUUUUCGCCGGAUUUGGACGCCUGACGUACGACUUGCCCCCAAGGCAAAAGUACGCGACCGACGAGGCGUCAGCCACGGAAGAUUCGUCGGAUUCAUCGGAUUCCAACGCUUCCUCGUCAUCCUCGAGCGAUUCCGAGUCUACUUCGAUCCGUAAAAUGAGCUUGUGGUAUCGCUCAAGCCGACAGCUUCGAAAGACUUGGAGCGAGGAUCUCUCUGUUCGAUCUAGUGGCGGUGGCACUGGGGCCGGCACCGGGACGGGCACGGGGACAAGCCGCCGGCGGCUUGCGAGGCCGAGGAACCUCGUCUCUAUCCACGUCCUGCGAGCCGAGCUUCCCUCCAAGAGAGAGCUUGCCGAAGAGUAUGCCAUUUUUGGCGACGGAGCUGACGUCUGCGGGCACAACGCUCGGGUUGCAGAAAAGUACGGAUACUCCGACUUGGUCGAUGUAUGGCGCUACCUGGCCCUUUUGCUCAAGAAGGGAAUCCCCCUCGAAGUGCUGGGGCGCGACCAGAGGCGCUCGUCCAUUUUGGUGAUUGCCAGAGACGUGGUGGCGAGAUGCCGCCAGGACAGCUACUCUUACGGCCAAGACGCCCUCGCCACCGACCGUAGCCUGCUGGGCAGGGUCAAAUGGGGACAGCACCCGCUAGCAAAAGAGUUUAUCGCCGAUCUCUUUACGCAUUUCGAGAAGACGGCUGAUGUGCAGAUGCUGGCGAUGCUUUCGUGCAUUUUCAACGAGCCAUCGACCGAUGACGGUGUCGCCUACGUCGAGUCGAAGCGCACCGAGCAAGAGACGCCGUUGCCACUCAAGGCACCGUCUUUUGCCCUGGAUUACUUCCCGACCAACGCAUCAGCAUGGGGCCUCUAUAGCCGAAGCCACAGUAACUCGGCCAUCACGACGCCCGGCACGCUCCACACGCCUGUUCUCUACGCCGGAUCCCAGGCUUCAGAGGAGCUCCCGUGGGGCGGCGAACCGGGUACCGGUUCGUUCUCAUGUGGCGAGACGCCGCCGACGAAAUCAAAGUCGGCUUUGACCGAGCAUGAGCAGCCAUCGCCCGUGUCGAGGUCCCCCACCAAUCGCGGUAUCCUGCGAGGAAACUCGGGACUGAGCUCUGCGUUUGCGGUAAAUCUGCCGCGAUCGUUUCCUGGCGGCAGCUCAUCUUCUCCCCCCAGCCAAGGGAAGAAGAGGCCGAGCCCUGCGGAGUUUAUGCUCAGCAGUCUAGCGCCGAGUACCGGCAACACCACGCAGGCAAGCAGCUCAGGCCUGGCAGACUCGGGCGGGGGACGGACGUCGGUAUCCGAAGACGACCAUCGGAGGGACGACAGGCUACCGCUGGUCCCCAUUAACGUGGCGGUGAUUGUCGAGGAUCAGACCAUCUUUGACGACGACGGCUGGCUUAACAUGCCGUUCUUGGACCCAGGCCGAGCCAGUGUAUACGCUCACUACCGCUACGCAUACGCCGAGUUGCUGCAGAUGUGGGGUCAGCCAUUGGCGAGGCUCGAAGUGAUGAAGUUCAAUGUGCUGGAAGAACGCCCAUCAGCUGGCAUGGCAGACGGCAGCUUCCAAGACUCGGGAACAGUACACGACGGCGCCAGCAGCACCGUCACCCAUCACAAGACGGGCUCGUCGCCCAUUGUCAUGGGAAAGAAGGAUCAGCUGCACAUGCUCUUGGCUUCGGGGCGCGGCCUCGACGUCACGGGCAUCUGCCGCGUCCACGAGACUCAGCUGGAGCCCACUCGGUACACGUCUUCGCAGCCAAACGUUGGCGGAGCCAUCGGCACGUGCGAACGCUGCCACCGGUCCCAGACACAGCUCCGCUGCGUGUACUGCCUGGAGCCCGUCGAUGCCCUGUUCCCGUCCUGUCUUUCGUGCGGAUGUACAAGCCACGAAGCCUGCCUCGCCGAGUGGCACGCCGCGGGCGAGACGUUCUGCCCCGCCGGAGACGAAUGCAACUGCGUCGAGGAGGCGUCCAACGGCCAUGUCGAGUCGUGGGUCGCCCUGCAGAGUGCCAUGCUCAAGGGCCUGAGCAAGCCAUCCCUGCUGCUGCCGUCGGCGGCAAUGGAAGGUAGCGACGAGGAGCAUGGCAGGGGGAGGGCCGAGCGGGAGCGCGUCGAGAGAACCGUGCCGGGUCGGGCCCAAGAGGGUGGUGCUGCGGCGCGGUCGCCAACCGGCCUGAGUUUCGGGCGGCUCAAGAAGUCUGCGGGGACGUGGUCGCGGGCGCCUAGCCUGAGACGGGCCAGUGGGAGGGGAGGAUAA